GCAUCUUUGGGUGGUGGAGUGGAGAGGAGGUGACCCACAGCAGAGGAGUCCCAGUGACCAGCAACCAUGACGGACCAGCAGGCGGAGGCCCGGUCCUACCUCAGCGAGGAGAUGAUCGCUGAGUUCAAGGCUGCCUUUGACAUGUUUGAUGCUGAUGGUGGCGGGGACAUCAGCGUCAAAGAGUUGGGCACCGUCAUGAGGAUGCUGGGCCAGACACCCACCAAAGAGGAGCUGGACGCCAUCAUCGAGGAGGUGGACGAGGACGGCAGCGGCACCAUCGACUUCGAGGAGUUCUUGGUCAUGAUGGUGCGCCAGAUGAAGGAGGACGCCAAGGGCAAGAGCGAGGAGGAGCUGGCCGAGUGUUUCCGCAUCUUCGACAGGAACGCGGACGGCUACAUCGACGCCGAGGAGCUGGCCGAGAUCUUCCGGGCCUCUGGGGAGCACGUGACGGACGAGGAGAUCGACUCCUUGAUGAAAGACGGGGACAAGAACAACGACGGCCGCAUUGACUUCGACGAGUUCCUGAAGAUGAUGGAGGGUGUGCAGUAAGGAGCCGGCCGUCUGCCCCGAGACCGCGCGUCCCUCGGGCGCGGGCAGCGCCAGCC